GAAAUGGUAGAUGACAACACGGAUUGGUUUGUCAGUGACCAACCAAAUGACUAAUUCUGAAAAAUACAGAAAUCAAAUCGGUUAAUGCGAGAGGGAGUGAGCGCGAGCGAGCGCAGACACUGUACAUGAAUGAUACUGUUAGUGCAGUCUAAAACAAAGACAGACCCGCUAAUGUUUGUAUAAUAUGGGGCUGUUUUUGUACUAAUUAAAGAGCAGGUUAAAUUUCAGCCCAUUUUAGUUUACGUUACCUUUGUUUGCUCACAAUAAGGGGUAACGUAACGUGAAAUGUUGUUUGCCAGACAAACCAUGCACCUAGAAGAGGUGAGGAAGGAGAGAUGGAGCAAUAUACUGCUACAACCAGUGGGGAUCAGAUAGUGGUGCAUGCUGCCAAUGGACAAAUCCAGCAGCAGGCUCAGGGCACCGUAACAGCUGUACAGCUGCAAACAGAAGCACCCGUGGCUACAGCUGCAGGGCAGCAAGUGCAGACGCUCCAGGUAGUCCAGGGUCAGCCGCUGAUGGUCCAGGUGAGUGGCGGGCAGCUGAUUACAUCCUCAGGUCAGCCCAUCAUGGUACAGGCCAUGUCUGGAGCUCAGGGCCAGACGAUCAUGCAGGUGCCUGUGUCUGGAGCUCAAGGCCUUCAGCAGAUCCAGUUGCUUCAGCCGGGUCAGAUUCAGCUGCAGGGAGGUCAAACUCUGCAGCUGCAGGGUCAGCAGGGUCAGGCUCAACAGAUCAUCAUACAGCAGCCCCAGACUGCCAUUACUGCGGGCCAGAACCAGGGGCAGCAGAUUACAGUUCAGGGACAGCAGGUUGCCCAAACAGCUGAAGGACAAACUAUUGUGUACCAGCCUGUGAAUGCUGAUGGCACAGUUCUGCAGCAGGGCAUGAUCACCAUCCCAGCAGGCACCCUGGCAGGCACUCAGAUUGUCCAGGCAGCAGGGGCUGCUAACACCUCCACAAACAACAGCGGGCAGGGCACAGUUACCGUUACCCUGCCAGUAUCUGGAAACAUGGUGAACGCUGGGGGAAUGGUCAUGGUAAGACCUCCUGAUGAGAUGGUGCCUGGUAGUGGUGCUGUGCCAGCCAUCCAACGAAUCCCUCUGCCAGGGGCCGAGAUGCUCGAAGAGGAGCCGCUGUAUGUUAACGCCAAGCAAUAUCAUCGUAUCUUAAAGAGACGCCAAGCUCGUGCCAAGUUAGAGGCAGAGGGCAAGAUCCCUAAAGAAAGAAGAAAAUAUCUUCACGAGUCACGGCACAAACACGCCAUGCAGCGGAAGCGUGGCGAUGGGGGACGGUUCUUUUCACCGAAAGAGAAAGAAGAAAUGGCCUUGGCCAUGCAGGUGAGAGCGCAGGGCCAUGUCAAGCAGGAAGACCUACGCAAUGCUACCGAACUCACAAGUGCACAUUGGCUGCCCGAGCACACUUCGCCCCUCGCAUAGACACUCAUCUCUGCUCUCAUUGAGACCCUUAGCAGAUUCAUUCUGGCUCCUUUCUUUGUGUGACAUGCUGCCAUUGACUGCUCUUGCACGCGUCACCUCCUGUGUUGUCCCGUACUUGUUGCCUGCUUGAUUCUGUCCCAUCAUGUCUCAUUGCUAGUUAAGCAUUCGUGUGUGCAGUCGGCAUGAUCUGCUGUGUGGUAUUUUGUGACCUGUCUAUCUGAACUUGCCAUAUUUAACAGAAAAAGAUAAUCUCUUCACUGUCAUGACAUAAUCAGGAUGAAAACGCUGAUAUUUCCUGCAUUCUAUUGAUGCAGCUCUUCAAGAGAAUUGCUAAUGUUAUGGGUCUGACUUUAUCAUGUGAUUGUCUGUUUAAUCCAAGCACACUAUUAUUAUUAUUAACAGGAUGGUGGUUUAAGAAAGCAUGAAUGCUUAUCAUUGGCAAACUGUGUCAGUUUCAAUUAUGAAAUCACUGCAUAAAAAAUAUGAAAAAGAUUUUUGAGGGACCAGUUUAAAAGAAACAUUGUUCGAAUAUAUAUAUUUAUAUUUGUUGUUUUCUGCAUUUCUUUUGAGGAAGCAUUUCUGUUGUUGGUUUUUUGUUUGGUUUGGAUCUGGUUCUGUGCAUGUUCUUGGAUUUCGUACCCAAGCAGUGUUGUCACUGUGUUCAUUUUUGUCACAUGUUGUGAUUUUUAUUCUGAAUAAACAUUCUGACUGACUUCCAAAA